GGGACCAGGUUGUGAAACUGGGGACUAUAGUCUGCCAUCUUGGCUCCUCCUCUUGGCUUUGUUUUAGUUUUAAAUUCAGUUAUUUUAGUUGAAGAAGCGGUUUAGAUAUGAAAUAAAGAUCGCUUGAGAUCGACUGAAGAAAUAAAUAAGCGCACACUUCACGCCGAUUGAGGGGAGAUACGGCGGGAGGAGAGCGAGAGACGGGGGCAUUGAUCCGAAACUGGAAUAUCGGGACAGAAGGCAAGUCUCAGAAAUGGCAUCUUCUCACAUUAAAGGGGAGGCGACUGAACUGGAACCUGUGUCCAUUAAAGGGGAGGCCCCUGAACUAGAACCUGUGUCCAUUAAAGGGGAGGCCUCUGAACUAGAACCUGUGUCCAUUAAAGGGGAGGCCCUUGAACUAGAACCUGUCUGCAUUAAAGGGGAGGUCCCUGAACUAGAACCUGUGUCCAUUAAAGGGGAGGCCCCUGAACUAGAACCUGUGUCCAUUAAAGGGCAGGCCCCUGAACUACAACCUGUCUGCAUUAAAGGGGAGGCCCCUGAACUGGAGCCUGUCCCAAUUAAAGGGGAGGCCCCUGAACUGCUACCUGUUAAACCAGCAGUAUCUGAGAAUGAGGCUUUAUUAUAUGAAGCAGCAUUAGGGAAAAGACACAAGCGAAUUCACACGGGAGAGAAACCGUAUCGCUGUGCUGACUGUGGGAAGAGUUUCACUCAAUUUAGAGUUCUUAAAAGACACCAGCAGACUCACACGGGAGAGAAACCGUAUCGCUGCGCUGACUGUGGGAAGAGUUUCACUCAAUUACAAAGUGUUAAAUUACACCAGCGAAUUCACAAAGCAGAGAAACCACAUCGCUGUGCUGAGUGCGGGAAGAGCUUCACUCAAUUUGGAGUUCUUAAAAGACACGGUCUAGUUCACACAGGAGAGAAACCGUAUCGCUGCGCUGACUGUGGGAGCAACUUCACUCAGUCAGAACAUCUUAAAAGACACCAGCGAAUUCACACGGGCGAGAAACCGCACCGCUGUGAUCAAUGCGGGAAGAGCUUCGCCGAUGUAGGAAAUUUUAAAAGACACGGUCGAAUUCACACGGGCGACAAACCGCACCGCUGUGAUCAAUGCGGGAAGAGCUUCCAUCACUUACAAAAUCUUCAAACGCACCAACAAAUUCACACAGGAGAGAAACCGUACCACUGCACUGAGUGUGGGAGGAGCUUCAGUCAGUUACAGUAUCUUAAAAGACACCAGAGAAUUCACACAGGAGAGAAACCGUAUGUCUGCGCUGACUGUGGGAGGAGCUUCAGGCAGUUACAGUAUCUUAAAAGACACCAGAGAGUUCACACAGGAGAGAACUGAUACCCUGUAUGAAAUGUACAAUAUCUUAACAGAAUGAGAGGAAGUAACCAUGACGAUGUAGUGAAAGAGAACAUUUAAAUAUCAGGAGAGAUUUUGGAUGUCAGAAAUGACGUGGCAGCAGCCCGUUCUGAAGUGAGGCAGCGGCGCUUCACGGGUCACUGCGACGGGAUUCAGGACAUCCUCCCUUGCGAUUCACUCCCGGGGCGUGCGAUUCAGGUUCACUGACGACACCUUCACAACGAGACCAGCUGAUUUAUCUAGAAGAACGGUCUGCUCUAGAUAUCCAGAGCACGGCAUUCUCAUCUGUGGACCAGACGCGGAAUCAGAAUACGAGAGAGAUUGAUAAUAAAUGAUUCCUCUCAGUAUUGGAGAAAUGAAUUGAUUCCGUCAAGGCGAGCAGCUGCAUGAAAACACAAGAAGCACCCAAACUCUGAAAACGGUAAAUCGCACCGAAGGGCUCACAGAACCCCAUUAUUACAUUCGUUUCAGUUAGGAAGAUGAUAUCUAAAAUCUCUUGCAGUAUUUUUUCGUGCAUCCCCAGUUUCCGAGCUGUCUUGGAGGUGCGAUAAAGGGGCUUAUCAUUUUCUGUUUGUUUUUAAUUCAUUGAAUCGUCUUUUAUUAUUCUUGCUCCUAAUAAAAAAAAAACACAUAAAAGGCUGUUCUUAGUCCGAGUCAGAAACUAUGUGCUGUGAGUUUGUGAUUCAUAGAGAUUAUAAUGGUUCAUGUCCAAACAGCAAUUCAGAAUUUAACAUCGUCCCUUUAUUGAUUCCACUAUGUAAGAUUUACACACACGGCAUUUAAACAUUCAUACACAAUAAUGCAUCUCCUGUUCUUACAGUCUCACACAGACAGGUUUAUAAAGGAUAGCAAUGUUUCUGUAUCUCUGA